GUGGCUGGGUGCAGCGCAGCCUUGGGAGGCGGAGGCGGAGAUGGGUGAGGGCGGCCUCUGGAGCCUCCCACCGGCCUGGGACUAACCCCCGCGGCGCGGCCGCCGUCGUCGGUGUGCGUCCUACCCGGGCGGCCGGUCCGGCCUCGCUCAUGUCACGGCUCGGUCGCAUGCGGCCCGUGGACUGGGGGCUCGCGUGCGAGGCCGGGAGGGCCGGGAGCAGGAAUCGCUCUGAACUCCGUGUGGUGAAUUUUUGACAGAAAGUGAGAAGGAAACACCCUCAUUGUUCCUUGGCAUGGACACAGGUUCAGUGGGAGGAUUAGAACUGACUGAUCAGACUCCUGUUUUAUUAGGGAGUACGGCCAUGGCAACUAGUCUCACGAAUGUUGGAAAUUCAUUUAGUGGUGCACCUAAUCCUUUAGUUUGUAGAUCUAAUAAAUUUCAAAACUCAUCAGUGGAAGAUGAUGAUGAUGUUGUUUUUAUUGAACCUGUACAACCUCCCCCAUCUUCUGCAUCAGUGGUUUCUGAUCAAAGAACCGUAACAUGUACAUCAUCAAAAAAUGAAGAACUACAAGGAAAUGAUUCCAAAAUUCUUCCUUCCUCAAAAGACUUGGCUUCUCAGAAGGGAAAUGUAAGUGAGACAAUUGUCAUUGAUGAUGAAGAGGAUAUGGAAACAAAUCAAGGGCAAGAGAAAAAUUCCUCCAAUUUUAUUGAACCUCGGAGACCUCCUGAGACUAAAAACAGAACCAAUGAUGUGGAUUUCUCCACUUCCAGUUUUUCAAGAAGUAAGGUAAAUGCAGGAAUGGGUAAUAGUGGUAUCACCACAGAACCAGACUCUGAAAUUCAGAUUGCUAAUGUUACAACCUUAGAAACAGGUGUAAGCUCUGUGAAUGAUGGCCAAUUAGAAAAUUCUGACGGGCGAGAUAUGAACUUAAUGAUUACACAUGUAACAUCACUGCAGAAUACCAACUUGGGAGAUGUCUCUAACGGACUGCAGUCAAGUAAUUUUGGUGUUAAUAUGCAAACGUACACCCCAUCUUUAACUUCACAGACCAAGACUGGAGUAGGACCUUUUAAUCCUGGUAGGAUGAAUGUGGCAGGAGAUGUUUUUCAGAAUGGAGAAUCUGCAAGUCAUCAUAGUCCUGAUUCUUGGAUUUCCCAAUCAGCUUCAUUUCCUCGAAAUCAGAAACAGCCAGGGGUGGAUUCUUUAUCACCAGUGGCCUCGCUUCCUAAACAGAUUUUCCAGCCUUCUGCCCAACAGCAACCCACCAAACCAGUUAAAGUCACUUGUGCAAACUGCAAAAAACCUUUACAAAAGGGACAGACAGCUUAUCAACGAAAAGGAUCUGCUCACCUCUUUUGUUCUACCACCUGCCUUUCCUCCUUCUCUCACAAGCCUGCUCCAAAGAAACUGUGUGUUAUGUGUAAAAAAGAUAUAACUACAAUGAAAGGAACCAUUGUUGCUCAAGUGGACUCAAGUGAGUCCUUCCAGGAAUUCUGUAGUACAUCUUGUCUGUCUCUCUAUGAAGACAAACAGAAUCCUACUAAAGGAGCUCUAAAUAAAUCAAGAUGUACAAUUUGUGGUAAACUAACAGAGAUUCGCCAUGAAGUUAGCUUUAAAAAUAUGACUCAUAAGCUGUGUAGUGACCACUGCUUUAAUAGAUACAGAAUGGCCAAUGGUCUGAUAAUGAAUUGCUGUGAACAGUGUGGAGAGUACCUGCCCAGCAAAGGUGCUGGAAACAAUGUCCUGGUGAUUGAUGGUCAGCAAAAGAGAUUUUGCUGCCAAAGUUGUGUCAGUGAAUACAAACAGGUAGGUAGCCAUCCAAGCUUUCUGAAGGAGGUUCGAGAUCACAUGCAAGACUCUUUCUUGAUGCAGCCUGAGAAAUAUGGAAAACUGACCACUUGUACUGGUUGCCGAACACAGUGCAGGUUUUUUGAUAUGACUCAGUGUAUAGGUCCUAAUGGAUAUAUGGAGCCAUACUGUUCCACUGCUUGCAUGAACAGUCACAAGACAAAAUAUGCAAAAUCACAAAGUUUGGGAAUUAUUUGCCAUUUUUGUAAGCGCAACUCUUUACCUCAAUAUCAAGCCACAAUGCCUGAUGGAAAACUGUAUAACUUUUGCAAUUCCAGUUGUGUGGCUAAAUUUCAGGCUCUAAGUAUGCAGUCAUCUCCAAAUGGCCAGUUUGUAACUCCGAGUGAUAUUCAGUUGAAAUGCAACUAUUGCAAAAAUUCCUUUUGUUCAAAGCCAGAAAUCCUGGAAUGGGAGAAUAAAGUACAUCAAUUCUGCAGCAGAACCUGCUCAGACGACUAUAAGAAGCUGCAUUGCAUAGUUACAUAUUGCGAGUACUGUCAAGAGGAGAAGACUCUUCAUGAAACAGUAAAUUUCUCUGGCGUUAAGAGACCCUUCUGUAGUGAAGGCUGCAAACUUUUGUACAAACAGGAUUUUGCAAGACGUUUAGGAUUGAGAUGUGUUACUUGCAACUAUUGCUCUCAACUGUGUAAGAAGGGAGCAACUAAAGAAUUGGAUGGUGUCAUAAGAGAUUUUUGUAGUGAGGACUGCUGUAAAAAAUUUCAGGAUUGGUACUACAAGGCUGCAAGGUGUGACUGUUGUAAAUCUCAAGGAACUCUUAAAGAGCGUGUGCAGUGGCGUGGGGAAAUGAAGCAUUUCUGUGACCAGCAUUGCUUAUUGCGCUUCUACUGCCAGCAGAAUGAGCCUAACAUGACGACUCAGAAAGGACCUGAAAACUUGCAUUACGAUCAGGGUUGUCAGAUGUCCCGAUCCAAAAUGAUGGGUUCAGCACCACCCCCUUCUCCAACACCCAACAAAGAGAUGAAGAAUAAAGCGGUUCUUUGCAAACCUUUAACGAUGACAAAAGCUACUUACUGUAAACCUCACAUGCAGACCAAAUCUUGUCAGACAGAUGACAAUUGGAAGACAGAGUAUGUCCCAGUGCCUAUCCCUGUGCCUGUAUAUAUUCCAGUGCCUAUGCACAUGUACAGCCAGAAUAUUCCUGUCCCCACUACAGUUCCUGUUCCUGUGCCAGUCCCUGUUUUUCUGCCGGCCCGGGUGGACAGCAGCGAGAAGAACCCUGCAGUAGCUGAAGAGCUAAAAAGCAAAGUUUCUUCAGAUCCUCUUGAUACCGAAUUGCUCACAAUGACAGACAUGAUGACUGAAGAGGAGGGGAAAACAAAUGCUGCUAACAUCAACAGUGUAAUUAUUGAGACUGACAUAAUUGGUUCAGAUCUCUUGAAGGACUCUGACCUAGAGACACAGUCCAGCAUGCCUGAUGUACCAUAUGAACCAGACUUGGAUAUUGAAAUAGAUUUUCCCAGAGCUGCUGAGGAGCUUGAUAUGGAAAACGAAUUUUUAUUACCACCUGUUUUUGGAGAAGAAUAUGAGGAACAGCCUAGACCUCGAUCUAAAAAAAAGGGAGCCAAGAGAAAAGCUGUAUCAGGAUACCAGUCUCAUGAUGAUAGUUCUGACAAUUCAGAAUGCAGUUUUCCUUUCAAGUAUACGUAUGGUGUAAACGCAUGGAAACACUGGGUCAAAACUAGGCAACUUGAUGAAGAUCUUCUGGUAUUAGAUGAGCUAAAAUCUCCUAAAUUAGUAAAGUUAAAAGAGGAUCUGCUGUCUCACACCACGGCUGAGCUUAAUUAUGGGCUAGCCCAUUUUGUCAAUGAGAUCCGCCGGCCAAAUGGAGAGAGUUAUGCACCUGACAGCAUCUAUUAUCUUUGCCUUGGAAUACAGGAGUACUUGUGUGGUAGUAAUCGAAAAGACAACAUAUUUAUCGAUCCAGGAUACCAGACAUUUGAGCAAGAAUUGAAUAAAAUCCUCCGAAGUUGGCAACCAAGCAUACUUCCAGAUGGGUCAAUAUUUUCUCGAGUUGAAGAAGAUUAUCUCUGGAGGAUAAAACAACUAGGCUCACAUUCUCCAGUAGCUCUUCUGAAUACCCUGUUCUACUUUAACACUAAGUAUUUUGGCCUGAAAACAGUGGAACAACACUUAAGACUUUCCUUUGGCACUGUGUUUAGGCACUGGAAAAAAAAUCCUUUAACAAUGGAAAACAAAGCAUGUCUUCGAUAUCAAGUGUCUUCCUUAUGUGGAACAGAUAAUGAAGAUAAAAUUACUACUGGAAAAAGAAAACAUGAAGAUGAUGAGCCAGUAUUUGAACAAAUUGAAAAUACAGCCAAUCCUUCUAGAUGUCCUGUGAAAAUGUUUGAAUGCUACUUGUCUAAAAGUCCACAGAAUCUUAAUCAGAGAAUGGAUGUUUUUUAUUUGCAACCAGAAUGCUCUAGUUCUACAGAUAGCCCUGUCUGGUACACAUCGACUUCACUGGACCGAAACACCUUGGAAAAUAUGCUUGUACGGGUUCUUUUAGUAAAAGAUAUUUAUGAUAAAGACUAUUAUGAACUGGAUGAAGACACAGACUAAAAAAAGAACAUUUCAGAAGCAUUCGGGAUAAAACAGCAUUAGGUAGUCGUGCUGCUAGAUCUUUACUAUGGAAAACAUUUCAAGUUUACUUCUUCUGUUUUGAGUUUUGUAGCAGUGUACCCACACUGGGUAUUACCAUGUAAAUAAUCUGUGAGUGAAAGUUGCCAUUAUUCUAUGUAGUUGUUUUAGUAUACUUAAUAAAUACAUUCAAAUUUUUUUAUUA